AUUAAAUAAAUUCCAUUAUACUUUUGAUUAUACAAAAAAAAAAGUAGUAUGACUAUAGAACUUAUUGUCCAAACAAUUAAAAAUAAUCAAAGUAUAUACGUGUAAUUAAAAAAUUUUAUAAAUUUUUACAAAAAAAAAAAAUAGUUUAAAAUUGUUUUUCGAUCUUAUAAGUAGACCAUGGCAAUAAAGCAUUUAAUAACGACCAUAAUAAUUUUUAUUUCGAUUGAAAGGAUUCAAAGUUGCUUCUAUUUUGUACCUGGGUCACAUGUAAAUUACGACAUUGAUGAAAAUGAAAUCGAUUAUUUUCCUUGGACAGUGUUAUUAGGAAAACAUCUAGAAGAUAAGGAUCAUGCCAAAAAUAGUAAACAUGAAUUCUAUCAUGGAUCACUUAUUCACCCACAAGCUGUUUUUAUUGGAACAACUACUCAACUACAAUUAGAAAAUGGUGAUUAUUCAGUUAUUGGCGGCUGUAAAUCUUUUAAAUCCGAUCUUAUAAAUUAUUCCAUUGAAUCAGAGGAAUGCCAAACUAGAAAAGUUGGUGAUGUUAUUGUAGGAAAAUAUCAUAACAAUAAUAACAAUGGGAUUUCAGACAGCAAUAAAAAAUUUAAAUAUGUAAAUAUUGUAAUUUUGAAUCAGCCAUUUGAAUUGAAUGAUAGAAUUAAGCCAAUUGGAUUAGCAGGGAGCUAUGAUAUGAUAGACAUAAAUAAUUGUUUUAUUUCUUCUUUAAAAAAUUUAAGAAGUUUUACAAACUCUAAAGAUGUAACCCUCAUUGGAUCAUAUAAGGUCGAUAAAUUAAUGAACGGAUCAAUGAGUCUACAUAUUUCAGAAAAUAAAAAGCUUGUAGAUAAUAGAAAUCGAGAAGAACAGCUCAUGUAUGUACUCCCAGGCCGGAAAUUACUUAAAAUUAUUGGAAGCCCAGUAGUAUGCCAAGAUCGCUUUGAUACUGGAAAAUAUCUGCAGAUAGGGUACUUAGGGGUACAGGUAAAUAAAAUGAAAUCAUCUAUGACUCGACCAAUGAUAAAGUAUGCAACAUUUUUGGACAUUAUUCCGGUUCAAAAUGAAAUACAAAGGAAGCUAAACAGUUAUUUUCAUCCAGAUGAUAUGUAAGAAAAGAUGCUUUGUCACAUAAGAAUGAUUAUGCAUCGGAGGUAUACAGAAAUUUCUCGGACACACUGUAAACCGAAGUAUUUUAAUUUAAAACAUUUGCUUAAUUGCCAUUUAAAUACAUUGUAGUCACUUUCUAAACGUUUGUAAGUGUGUAUAAAGUGACUACAAUGUAUUUCAAUGGCACUUAGGUGUUUAAAGUUUAAACACCGAUUUAUGCAUGAAACAUAUUGAUAAAUAAAUAUUAAUAAAUUUUAUUAUUAUCAUA